AUUGCACAUGAGAAAUUUCUUUACUUUUUUGGCGAUAUUUGUACCUGACCAGAAUUUGAAUCAGGAUUCACGAAUCAUUGGCGUCGGUCAACUUUUUCACCACCAUUGUCCUCUGCCGCUCUAGCUAAAAACCCAAAAUUUAAAAUUUAUCUUCGCAUCAGAGAAGAGGAGCCAGAAAUUAAUGGAGGUGGAGGAGGGGGACGAGAUUACGGCGGAUACUCACCAUAUCACAACUCCUUUGUUUCAGAAGGAUCAAACCUCCUAUGUCCCCGAUGAGGACGAGAAUUCUCCGAUUGAGCAAGUCGCGCUCACGGUCCCCGUCACCGACGACCCUAAUCUCCCAACCGUCACUUUCCGGACGUGGACUCUGGGGACUCUCGCCUGCAUCCUCCUUUCUUUCCUCAACCAGUUCUUCUGGUACCGCCGAGAACCUCUGACCAUCACUGCCAUUUCAGCUCAGAUCGCGGUGGUUCCUCUCGGCCAUCUAAUGGCUUCAACAAUCACCAAUAAGGUCUUCUUCAAGGGAACAAAGUGGGAGUUCAGUUUCAAUCCGGGCCCGUUUAAUGUCAAGGAGCACGUGCUAAUCACUAUCUUUUCUAAUUCUGGCGCUGGCAACGUAUAUGCUAUUCACAUCGUUAGCGUCAUCAAGCUCUUCUACAGGAAGGAGCUGAGCUUUUUGGUGGCCUUGCUAGUGGUUAUAACGACGCAGGUGCUGGGUUUUGGCUGGGCUGGAGUGUUCCGGCGGUACUUGGUGGAACCUGCUGCUAUGUGGUGGCCCGAGAAUCUGGUUCAGGUUUCUCUGUUCAGGGCGUUACAUGAAAGAGAGGAGAGGCGCAAGGGUGGAUUAACACGGAAUCAGUUUUUCCUGGUUGCCUUCAUUUGCAGCUUUGCUUAUUAUGUGUUUCCAGGCUACCUCUUCCCAAAGUUGAGUUCUAUAUCUUGGAUCUGUUGGGUAUUCCCUUCUUCCAUUCUUGCCCAACAGCUUGGUUCAGGACUCCGGGGUCUUGGAGUUGGCUCUUUUGGAUUUGAUUGGGCCAGUGUAUCCUCUUACCUAGGGAGCCCGUUGGCUAGUCCAUGGUUUGCAACUGCGAAUCUAGCUGUUGGUUUUGCCCUUUUUAUGUAUGUUGUUACCCCAAUUGCGUAUUGGCUCAAUGUUUACAAGGCUAAGACGUUUCCCAUAUCCUCAGAUGGCCUGUUCACAUCCGCUGGCGAAAAAUACAAUAUCUCAGCUAUUAUAGACCAAAAUUUCCACAUUGAUAUGGAUGCCUAUGAGCGCGAGGGCCCUCUCUAUCUCAGUACCCUGUUUGCGAUGAUUUAUGGUCUAAAUUUUGCGUGCCUCGCAGCCACUGUUGUUCAUGUUUUCCUCUUUCAUGGAAGAGACAUAUGGCAACUAAGCAAGUCUGCCUUCCAAGAGAAGAAAAUGGAUGUGCACACAAAACUCAUGAGAAAAUAUAAGCGAGUCCCUGAAUGGUGGUUCUUGUGCAUCUUAGUCUUGAACAUAGUGGCAACGAUAUGUACUUGUGAAUAUUAUAUUGAUCAACUCCAAUUACCAUGGUGGGGUGUCUUUCUAGCGUGUGGCCUUGCCCUCUUUUUCACCCUCCCCGUUGGAGUCAUCAAAGCCACGACAAAUCAGACACCAGGCUUAAAUGUAAUAACAGAAUAUAUCAUUGGGUAUUUGUACCCUGGAUUUCCGGUUGCUAAUAUAUGCUUUAAAGUCUAUGGGUACAUCAGUAUGAAACAAGGGAUCUCCUUUUUGCAAGAUUUCAAGCUCGGUCAUUAUAUGAAGAUUCCUCCUAGGGCCAUGUUUAUGGCACAGGUGGUUGGUACUAUAAUAGCAGCAGUUGUUCAUUUAGUAACAGCAUGGUGGCUCAUGGACACCAUCCCCAAUUUAUGUGACCGUGCAUUGCUUCCAGCCGGGAGCCCAUGGACCUGUCCAGGUGACCAUGUCUUCUAUGAUGCGUCUGUCAUCUGGGGACUUAUCGGCCCUCGCAGAAUUUUUGGAGAUCUUGGUCAUUACUCUGCCAUGAACUGGUCAUUUUUGGCUGGUGCAAUUGCUCCCCUUUUAGUUUGGAUUGCACAGAAGGCCUUCCCUAACGAGCAUUGGAUUAGAUUCAUCUCUAUACCAGUAAUCUUAGCUUCUACACUCGAGAUGCUGCCAGCUACUUCAGUCAACUACAUUACCUGGAUUCUUAUUGGAUUUGCCUCGGGCUUUGUUGCUUACAGAUACUAUCGUGACUGGUGGAGCCGCCACAACUAUAUUCUGUCCGGAGCACUUGAUUCGGGACUAGCCUUUAUGGCAGUGUUACUGUACUUGUGCUUAGGGAUGCAGCAUGUUAGCCUUGACUGGUGGGGAAAUGAUUCAGACGGAUGCCCACUAGCUUCUUGCCCAACUGCCCCAGGAGUCGUAGUUAAAGGUUGCCCAGCCCUUUGAGUGCAAUGGAUAGGAAUAUUAUCCACAGGAGAAAGAGAUCAAAAGAAGUGUUUGCAUCAAGCCGUUUGCUUACAGAUGUGUUUUCUCUAAAUGCUUUCCUCCUGCUCAAAUUUCAUAAGGAUCACACAGAACUUUCAUUGUAAAUGUAUUCAUAGUUUCUCAAUGAGUAGUAUUUGCUAUUCUGUAAAGUUUAUCAAUUUGACAUCAAUGAAGGGCUACAAUUUUUUUUUUCUUUUAAA